AUGGCUCAGUUCAAGAAGGGCCCCACCCCCGAUUCGACGCUGCAGCCAUCCGAUAAAUCGGAUUAUGACUCUGCGGGCAGCAGUAUUGAAGGACCGAUGACGGAAGAUGACGAUGCUGAAGACGAUACGAUGAAAGAUGUGCCUGCCGACGAAAACGCUCCUGAAGAGAACGAGUCGGCUUACUCGUCUUCCAAUGAGGAAUCUGAUGAGGAGGCGCCUAACAAGGAGAGGCCUAAUGAAGAGUUAUGCAGGCAUAUUUGGGCCGCUAGGGAUGUCGACUACUUCAACGACUGCGCCCAUCAAGAGACCGAGGGCUUGGCCUCUCUCAUCAAAAAGGCCCUUCGGAAAAAGACCAUCGGGAUUUAUGAGCUUCAAUCAGUUGCGACCGAAUGUCAAAAGACAGUGGAAGCGCUUGACAAAACCAUCACAUUGGUCAUCGUUGUGAAGCAAGAUCUGCUUGACACGGGCUCGACCAGCUUGAAGAGGUGGAAUCAACUACAGAGCACGGGAUUACAUGAAUGCCUUCUCGAGUACAGGGAUCAUGGUGGACUCGAUGCUCCCACGUCCGCCGUUAUGAAGAAGAUGGUCGAAGACGUAUCCCAGGCUGUUUCGGGGUGGCAGGCACGUCUCGGACUCACUUUGAAGCUAGCGAGAGAUCUCGAGCUGGCCAUCGGCGAGCUCUAG